AUGUCUGUGUCUCGCUCUUCUUCCAGAACCGACCAAACUAGCGAGGCGAACUCUGCCCUGCAGCCGUCGAAAUCACCCGCCUCUGGCUCGAAUGAAACACCCUCGGCGGGCAGCACUGGAGUGCAGCCAGAUCUUCUGGGGAAGCCAGAAAUUACAAGGGUUCUAGAUUCUGAUGUUGCCAUAAACGCUCUUUUGUCGCGGCUGAAACAGUCACUCCUUACAUGCGAGGAAUUUACCAAAUUUGUGCGUAAGAAAUAUCUCUUGGAGGAUGUGCAUGCUCAGGAGCUGGGAAAAACUUAUAAAAACUUCUUCCCUGAUAGCUCUGCGUCUUCGUCACUGCAAAAAAGUAUACACACUGUCCUCGAGUUUGACGGAAAGCUCUCCCAGGUCAAGCACAGCUAUGUUAAAGCGUUGCACACAAUGAGCGACGAGCUUGGCGCCCUGCUUCUUACCAUGACGAAAAUGAGGAAAGGUCUCAAGGAAAACAGCAGGAGGUUAGAGAAGGAGGUCGCGGAUGCUAUCCAUAUGGCAGAAAAGGCGAAGAGUAGAUAUAACUCACUUUGCCAAGAUUGGGAGAAACUUAGGAUGGCAGAUCCAACUAAGACCAAGUUGACCCUAAGGGGCUCUAAAACCACCCGCGAGCAAGAAGAAGAUUUGCUAAGAAAGAUAGAUAGCGCAGACCUGGACUUCAAACAAAAGGUCGACCAUUCCACAUCUCUGAGGAACACAUUCCUUUCAAGAGAGCGUCCAAAAAUUGUGUCGGAGCUCAAAGAUUUGAUCUUGGAACUUGACACUGCAAUGGCAAUUCAGCUGCAAAAGUACACGAUCUGGACCGAAACCUUGAUACUCAACAGUGGUGUGACGGUAACUCCUUUUGACGCCACGAAAUCCAUGAAAUCAAUAGCUGCAUCGACGUCUAAUGAACUAGACCUUUACAAUUUCCUCAACAAAUACAACCAAGGCUCCAGAAGCAACAACUUCGUGAACAAAAAUUUGAUACCGGUGGAGUAUAAACAGUAUCCUUCUAUGGCAAAACCUGUGAUGGCUAAAAACGGGCAGACGAGAUCUGGUAAUCAUACAUCUUCCUCUCAAAAUACAUUCUCUGUGAACACCAACAUGAAUUCUUUGCCCAAAAGAAUAGUGUCAACUCAACAUGAAUCGCCGUUCGACUCAACUCCAACGCCUCGAACCGGUUUUUCACCAGUGCAGAAUGGGAGUCCCGCGGGCAGCCCUAAUUCACAUCCUGGAAACGCUAGCAGAGGAAACCUGGCACAAACGACACCAUCUCAUCAAAAGGCCGUUUCUUCAAUGUUAGAUGUUGCAGACAGUCAAACCCCCAGAAGUUCGCAAAGUGGAACAAGACCAGACGGUCCAGAUUCUGACUUUGCUACCUUGGACCCAGGCAAUGGCACUCGUUCUACAAGUUUGACAACUUCAAUGAUCACAUCAAUAAGCGAAAGGCCAGUGUCUCAUAUCCAGUCCGCAGCAACUCUUCCACCGGGUAUCAAUAGAAAUUUCAAGACGUUCGGUGUCGCACUGGAAAGUCUUCUCGAGUACGAACAGGAUAUGGUGCCGGCCAUUGUUCGCCAGUGCAUAUAUGUUGUGGACAAGUUCGGUCUUGACCUUGAAGGGAUAUAUCGUAAGCCGGCGAAUGUCUUAGAUGUUAGCAAAUUGAGAGAGGAAAUUGACAAAGACCCCUCAAACAUCUCAAUGAUCGUCCCUCCCAAAAACCAUACAGAUUCUGACAUUUACUUAGCGGGUUCUCUUCUUAAAGCAUUCUUUGCUAAUCUUCCAGAGUCCUUGCUUCCGCCUUCCAUGACGUCCGAAAUCAAAACUUGUCUAACAAUUGCAGAUCCUGUUACAAGAAAAAACUACAUGCAUGGGUUAAUUUACAAGCUUCCAGAUGGCCAAUACUGGACGCUGAGGUCACUUGUGUUUCAUCUAAAGAGAAUAAUAGAACACGAACCAACAAACAGGAUGAAUCUGAAGAGCGUUUGCAUCAUCUGGGGUCCAACAUUAAUAGCGCCAAACGAUACAGACAUCAACGACGUGAACUAUCAAAUUCAGGCCAUGGAAGUUUUGAUAGAUGUCGCUGAUCAAGCAUUCGAACCGGAGUAG